AUGUCGUCUUCAGAUCAAAACUUGAAGUCUCAGCUAUCUGAUCUACAGAAACGGCUAUCACAAUCUACGUUAAAUUCUCCAAAAAGGCCUACUGCUAGAAAUGAGCAAUCAGAACAACAAACUGAUCAUCAUGAUAUUAAUGACCCAAGAAGAGUUGCGGAGGAACCUUCUAAGAAAGGUUUAUCCAAUUUCUUAGGUAAAAAAGAUAAAAGAAUUUCAUUACCAGUGUUUGAUAAUUCUUCAAGAUCUUUAUCAUCUCAAACAAAAAGUGGAGGUAAAGAUUUAGAUUUUGUUGUUGGUUUAAGUGAUAACUUACUAUUAGAAUGUAGAAGAUUACAAGCUGAAAAUCAACAUAAAUCACAAAAAUUGAAAAGUGUUGAACAUGAAAUUGAAAAAAUGAGAAAUAUUAAUGGCUCACUAUUAGCUAGAUUAAACGAAGCUUUACAAAAUGAAGAAAAAUAUAAAGAUACCAACUGGGAACUUGAGGCAAAAUUACAACAAGUUUCACAAGAUUUCAAAUUAGUUACUGAUAAUUUCAAUAAAGCACAAUCUGAAUUGAAUAAACAAUUAGAACUGUCUCAUGAUAUUAGAUCUGAAUUAGAUGAAUCCAAUAUGAAUAAAGCUACAUUAGAGCGUGAUUUCUCUUCAAAUCAACUUACGAAUACAAAUCAAAUUCAAGAUCUUAAAUCACACAUUGAUGAAUUAAAUGAUGAAAAUUAUAAGUUGAAUGAUGAAAUUGAUGAGCUAAGAAAGAAAUUAGAGGAAUCUGAAAAGAAACCAGCUGAACCUGUCUUAACAAAGAUCCCAGAUCUUAGACCAAUGGAUGAUGAAUCAUCAGAUGAAGAAUUUAAAGAACCACCAGUUUCACCAGUCAAAACUAUACCCGUUAAUAAUACUGCUCUGGAAUCAGAAACUUUAAGAGGAUCAUUAACUCAAGCACAUCAUACAAUUGCUAAAUUAAGAGCUCAAAUAUUGAAAUUAAGAUCAAAUGAAUUAUCAAGUAAACAAAAUUCACCAGUUGCUUCCAAGAAAUCACAAAAUCCAUUACCUAAAAAAUCCAUUAGAAGUUUGAAUGAACCUGGUAAUAGAUCUUUCCAUGUUCUAAAACCUUCAUCAAACAGAAGCUCAAAGAACAUCUACGAAGAUUCAAUGGAUGCAUCUGAUUUUGAUGAUGAUUGGGAAAACUUUGAAGGUGAUACGUCUAGAUCAAUUGGUGCAUCUCCAACUGCUAAACGUUCAAGACCAAUUUCAUAUACACAAGACCUUAUCGAAGAUACUGAUUCUGAUUUUGAUGAAGAUGAAUUAAAAGAUGUUGCACCAUUAUCAUCAGAAUUGAAAGUGCUCUCUGAAGAAGAUGUUGAAAGAUAUGCAGAAGAAAAUGGUCUUGUAAUUUUACCUGGUGAUCAAUAUUCAAAACUUAUAGGUCAAGAUUUAACCACUGAUGCUAUUGUUACACCUGCAAAGAAAUUUGGUUUUGUUUCAUUACCAAAUGAUGAUCCUGUCGCUAAAGAAAUAUCAAGAGAAGCUGAUUUACAUAAAUUUGCUGAAUCUAAAGGAUUGAUUAUUUUGAGCAAGAAGGAACUAGCUCUUAAAGAAGAAGCAUUGGCUUCAGGUGCUAAACAAAUCACUGACCUGGUUGGUCAAGUUUCUGAUUUAAGAUAUUCCAAAGAACAAUAUGCUAAAGAUGUUGCUGAUUUCAAGAAGAAAUUGGAGGAAGCAGCCAUUGAAACUGCAAAUAUUGAAAAAGAAAGAACUUCAUUACGUGAGAAAGUUAAGAAUCCAAGCAGAGAUUUCAUCACAAAUAAUGCAUCAACAUUAGGAUUACAUACUUUACCGGUUGUUGAAUUUAAGACAUUGACUGAUAAUUUAUCUCAUUACAAAUCAAUUCAUGAAGAUCCAAGUCAUGAUUUCUUGUUAGAAAAAGCACAAUCUAAAAACUUGAGAUUACUUCCUGAGGAUGAUCAUUCAAGUUUGUUAUUAAAAAUUAAAACAUUCGAAUCAAAACUUUCAUCUAAAGAAAAGGAGGUAUCAGAUCUUGAAGUUAAGUUUACCAACGCCAGAGAACAAUUGAGAAAUCAAGAAUCAAAAUCAUCAGCAAAAAUAGAUGAAUUAGAACAACAAAUCGCUUCUGUUUCGAAAGAACGUGGUAAUUUGAAAGAUAAUAUCAAGUCUUUAGAAUCCAAGUUAGAAGAAUAUCAAUCAAAUAAUAAAGAGUUACAGUCAAGAAUUGAAGAACUAGAACGCGAAUCUAAAAAUGCAGUUAAAGAAAGAGAUACUUUGUCUUCAUCUGUUAAGGAAUCUGAAUCUAUCGUUCAACAAUUGAGAUCUACUAUUGGUGUCACAACCAAAGAUAAAGAAACUCUUGAAUUAACUACCAAAGAAUUGAAAUCUUCCAUUGAAGGGUUCGAAGCCAAGAUUCAACAAUUAGAAUCAGAUAAGAGCUCUCUUUCUGAGACCGUUGAGAAAUCUGAAAUUAAGAUCAAAGAAUUAGAAUCUUCCAUCCAAAAAUCUGAAACUGAAAAGAAAGUUCUUUUAACAACUAUUGGAGAAGCUGACUUGAAGGUUAAAGACCUGAACAACAAAAUCCAAGGGCUGGAAUCCGAAAAGAAAGAACUUUCUUCGGUAAUUGAACGUGCAGAACUAAAGACUGAAGAUUUGAGCACCAAAAUACAAGUCUUUGAAUCCGAAAAGAAAGAUCUUUCAACAACCAUUGAACAAUCAGAGUUAAAGAUCAAAGAGCUAGAAGCCAAAUUAGAAGCCAAUUUAGAUAACACAAAUACCCUUUCUUCAACUAUUAAACAACUUGAAACUGAUCUCAAAGCUGCAAAAGAUGAACAUACAUCUGUAUCAUCUAAAUCCAAAGAACUUUCAACUACACUAGCAUCGUUGCAAUCAUCAUAUGAUGAACCAGAUCAUGAUUAUAUUGCUCAGAAAGCCACUUCAAGAGGUUUCAAAUUAUUGAACAUUGAUGAACAUGAUAAGCAGAUCUCUGACUAUGACUCAACCGUUACCAGCUUGAAAUCAGAAGUCGCUAAAUUGGAGACCAGUAUUGGUGAUUUAGAAAAACAAGUCAGUACAAAGACUGCCGAAAUAUCAUCAUUAUCAGAGAAAUCUAAAGGCUUACAAAGAUCUAUUGAUGAUCCAUCAACCGAAUAUAUCAAUGAAAAAGCUUCUGGUAAAGGUUUCAAGGUUUUACAAGCUGUUGAACAUGAAAGACAUUUGAAUGAAUUAAACAAUUCAAUUGAAUCAUUGAAAGUCAAACUUGCUUCAGAAUCUUCAAAAUCUGAAAAGAAAUCUGAAAUUGCCAAUAAGUUGAUCACUGAAUUAAAAGAAAAAGUUGAUUCUCUAGAAGCUGAACACAAAGAACUGGUUAAAAAUAAUGCUAACCUUCAAGAUGAACUAGAACGUGCCACUGGUGAAUUAUCAAUUAUGAAAUCUCAAGUGGAAAAUCCAACUCAUGAAUAUUUAUCUGAUAAGUCAAGUAAACAAGGGUUAUCUGUUCUUCCAAAGCUUGCUCAUGUUAGUUUAUUAGAGAAGGCUGGUAAAUCCGUUCAUGAUUUGGCAAAAGAAGAAGAUUUUAUCGUUUUGAAACAAGAUGAUCAUGAUAAACUGAAAUUAUUAGCUAAUGAACCAACAUUGGAUCAUCUAUCUUCAAAAGCUGAAAUCCACAAACAUAAGCUUGUACCAGUUAAAGAAUUAGAUGAUUUGAAUAAAAGAGCAAAUACCACGAUUGAAGAACAUGCAGAUGCUAAAGGUGUUACACUUGUUCCAAAUAAUGAAUAUAAAGCACUACAAGAAGAAAUAUCCAAUCCUUCUCUUGAUGCUCUACAUAAUCACUUGAAAACUCGUAAGCAUGUUGCUUUAUCUGAGGAUAACCUAAAAGACUUGAAUGAGAAGGCAAAUAAGACUGUUGAGAUUUUAGCUAAAGAACAAAACUUGGUGUUAUUGGGUAAAGAUGAACAUACAGAACUUCUUAGAAAAGUUCAAGAUCCUACGGUUGAUGAAUUGAAAAACUUCGCCGAAAGUAAUAACCAUGUUUUGAUACCACUGGAUGAACACCAAUCAUUAGUUUCCAAAUUUAACAAAUCAAUUGACGAGUUAGCUUCUGAAAAUGAUCAAAUUGUUGUAUCUAGAGAUGAUCACAAAGAGCUUACUAGAAAAUCAACUAAACCAUCAAUUGAAGAGCUUCUAGGAUUCUCUGCUGCUGCUGGAUAUGUUGCUUUACACGGUGAUAAACACAAAGAGCUCGUCAAUAAAUCAGAAAGAUCUGUUCAUGAUUUAGCAAGAGAAUCAGACCAUAUUGCAUUGACUAAUAAGGAACAUCAAGAAUUGUUGAACUCCAUUAAUUCACCUUCUGUUGAGUACCUGUCUUCUAAAGGUUCUGCUGUUGGGUAUGCAUUAGUUAAAGAUGAUGAGUUAAGAGAUAUCACAUAUCGUGCCAAUAAAACUAUAAAUGAUCUUGCAACAGAGCAAAAGAAGGUUGUUUUAUCGGAAGAGGAUCAUGGCGCUUUGGUAAAUCCUCCAAUUAAUAUCUUGACUAAGAAGGCUAAGAAUCUUGGAUACGUUACUGUUCAAAAAUCAGAUUAUGAUAGUUUGGUUAGCUUAUCAAAAUCACCAAGUUUAGACUUUAUAACAUCAAAAGCUAAGGGAUUAGGAUAUAGUGUUGUUGAUUCUGAUGAUUAUGACACAUUGGUAAAAAUCAAUGACUCGCCAUCGAAAGACUUCAUCCGUCAAAAAGCUACAAAUCUAGGUUUGAUUGCAGUUCCAUUGGUAGACUAUAAUGGGUUGAAAGAAGAAGCUGCUAAAUUGAAGAAGGAUUUUGCUGAUAAGAGUUUAUUAACUGAAAAACUUACAUCAGAUGGGUCUGUCGUUUUGAAGCAAGAAGAUUAUGACAUCCUUGUUACCAAAGCUAACACAUCACUGGAUGACCUUGCAGCUAAAGAAAAUAAGGUUGUUAUUCCAAAAGAAGAUCACGAAUUGUUGCUCAGCCCUUCAACUGAUACCAUUUCCACACAUGCUGCUAGACAUGGCUUACUUGCUGUUCCUAAAGAUACACACCGUGCAUUAGUUUUCAACAACGAGACUCCAUCAUUGGAUCACUUGACUUCAAAGGCAUUAGCUCAUGAUCAUUUGGUUAUAUCGAAAUCUGAUUAUGAAGAUCUUGAAAAGUCAUACAAAUCACCUUCCUUAGAGUAUUUGACAGAGAAAGCCAAAAAUAAUGGAGCCGUGUUGGUACCAUCAGUAGAACAUCAUGAAUUAAAGGUAAAAUUUGAGAAAACUAUAGAUGAUCUAGCAAAGGAGGAUAAUAAAGUCGUUCUGGAUCAAAAAGCUCAUGAAGCUUUAUUGAAUCCAUCUAUUAGUACUGUUAGAGAUUAUGCCGAACGCUCUGGUCUCGUUACUUCAACAAAAGAUGAGCAUGAAGCUUUAUUAUCUUCACUUGAGUCUCCAUCAUUAGACUUUUUACAUAAAAAAGUUCAAAAUCAUUCACAUGUCAUUCUUCCUGAUGAAGAAGCUAGAGAACUUCGUGAACAUAAAAGUACUCCCUCAAAAGAAUUUUUAACUUCAAACCUUGCCAUCUUUGGCUUAGUUGCUGUUGCUAAAGAAGAAUAUCACUUAUUGAAGGAAAAAGCUUCCAAAUCAGUGCAAGAGUUGGCCUCAGAAUCAGGAUUUACUACUGUCACUGUUGAUGAUUACAAACGUCUAAUCGAUCCAACCAAAGAAACCUUAAAAGAAAAGGCAGACGAAAGAGAUAUGGUGCUAUUAGAACAAAAGGAAUAUGAUCAAUUGUUGAAUCCAUCAAAAGACAAACUAUCUAAUAAAGCCUCAGAACUUGGAUUGAGUUUGAUACCUACACAAGAGCUAGAAACUUUAUCUAAAAAUGCAAAUAAGACAAUUGAUGACCUUGCUGUUGAGCACAAUAAAGUGUUAUUAACACCAGAAGUCCAUGAUGCUCUCAAAAGUCCAUCAAAUGAUACUAUUGUCAAAUUUGCUUCGGCUGCCGGUCUUGUUGCUAUCACGAAUAAAGCAUUUGAUGAAUUAAACUCACCAAGUAUUGACAAACUAAGAGAGUUAUCAGCUGCUAACAAACUUCAAUUGAUUCCAAAAGAUGAAUUCGAACAUCUAUCAGUAAAAUCUGCUAGAACUAUUGACGAUUUAGCUAAAGAAUCCAAUAGUGUCGUUCUCACCAAAGAAGACCAUGCGUCUUUAGAAAAUCCAAGCAAAGACUCUAUUGUUGCACAUGCUGCUAAACAUGGACUAGUCACUUUAGAAUCUGAUGAUCAUAAUGCUUUAUUACAUCCAUCAAAAGAUAUACUAUCAGUACAUGCUCACCGUGAGGGUUUGAAAAUCAUUCCAACAGAUGAAUUUGAGUUAUUGGUUAAUCCUAAUAAAGAUUCAAUUAUCAAGAAAGCGCAUGAACAUGGUUUAAUUGCUAUAGAAAAGGAUGUUUUUGAUGACUUGAAACAUAAUGCAGAAUCACCUAGUGUUGGUCAUGUUACUGAAAAAGCACACGAUCUUGGAUUUGUUGUGUUAUUGUCAGAUGAAUAUGAUGGCCUCAAAUCAUUAGCCAAUAUGCCACCGUUAGAUCAUAUUACUCAAAAAGCAACAGAGUAUAAUAUGAAAGUUGUUCCUAAUAGUGAUUAUGAAAAACUACAGGAAUUAGCCCAUUCUCCAGAUUUGGAACAUUUGACCUCCAAGAGUAGAGAUUUAGGAUUACAAGUCCUCCCUGUUGAUGAGCAUAAAAAAUUACUCGGUCUUUCACAGUCACCACCUGUUGAUCACUUGAUUGAAAAAGCUGGAUCAUUAGGCUUUACAUUAUUAACCUCAGAAGAUCAUAAGAAGUUAAGAAAUGUUAGUGAAAAUCCUAGCCGUGAUUUCAUUUCAACCAAUGCUGAAAAAUCAGGAUUAGUAUUGAUUGAAAAAGAGAAGCUAGAGAAAUUAAGUGAUAUAAAUUCAGCUUCAAUCACUUUGAUAGAACCCCGUGCUACAGAAUUGAGAUAUCUUGUUGUAAAGAAAGAUAAAUUAUCAGAUGUUGUACAUAACUACUUGAGUGAAAAUGAUUUGGUUUCUUUGAAUCAGGAAGAAUUUGCUAAACUCAGUGAACUUGAGAAACUUCCGAUUGAUACAAUUGCACCUCGUGCUACUGAAUUGGGAUAUAUGCUUGUUGAACAAAGCAAAUUGUCGGAGUUUACUGAUAAAUAUUUGACAGAGAAUGAUUUGGUUUCUUUGAACAAAGAGGAAUUCGCCAAGCUCAGUGAUAUUGAGAAACUUCCUAUAGAAAAAAUUGCACCUCGUGCUACAGCAUUGGGGUUUUUGAUGGUAGAAGAGAAGAAACUUGCUGAUUUUGUCUUCCACUACUUAGAACAACACAAGCUAGCGCAUAUUUCUGAAAAAGAUUUAUCAGAGAUGAGAAAUAUAAACUCUGUGGAAAUCAGCGAAAUAACACCUCGUGCUACAUCAUUGGGAUAUUUGGUCAUUGAACAAAAGGAACUGAAUGAGUUCAUUAAUAGUUACUUAGAAGAGCAUAAUUUGGCUAAUAUAUCUAAGGAUGACUUGUCAAAAUUGAAGCAAGUUGAUUGUCUAACAGUUAAUGAAAUCACUUCCCGUGCCAAAGAUCUUGGAUUUGUCGUUGUUGAUACUACCGAAUAUGACAAAAUCACCAAGGAUAUUACCAAAGAAGAUGUGAUUUCUCAUGCUGAUAAAUUUGGUCUAAAAUCUAUACCUCAUGAUACUUAUCAUAGACUCGCUAACCCUGAAGAGGAUGACUUGAAGUUACAUGCUGAAUCAAGAGAUCUCACUGUCAUUCCGCGUUCAGAUUAUAACACAUUAUUAGCUCAAGUUGAACAACCUGAUAAGGCCUUCCUUGAAGCGCAUGCUGCUACACAUGGAUUGAUUUUGAUUACCCAAAAGGAAUAUCAAGGUUUGAAUGAUGCCAUCAAUAAAGUUUCCAAGAGUGACUUGGAACAAAAGGCGAAAUCUAUUGGCCAUGUUCUUGUACCACUUGAGGAAUUUGAGCAGAUGAAGAAGAUCGAUGAAGAAGAAGAAGCCAGUAGAACACCAACAACCCCAAUCAGUAAGGUUGCCCAAAACAAGGACUACUUUGAAAAGAUAACACAAAGUACCGAGAAGGAUCGCCAAAGAGCUAAAGUAUUUGAAUCUGCUAGAGGUCUUGGAUUUGUUCCGGUUGCUGCUGAUGAAUAUAAACAAUUAUUGGAGCAUCAAAAGGAUUAUGUUUUGACUAAAUCCGAUAUUUACAAAGGUGCUAAGGAAUUCAACCUUUCAGUGUUGCCUACAGAUGAAUAUAAGAGCUUGUUGAAGAAGCGCUCAAAUAGAGAUAGUAUCACAUAUGAUGAUUUACAAGCCAUUGCACAACGCUUGAACUUGAAUAUCACUUCACAUGGUGAUGAGGCUAAUUCAAGAUCAGUUCAUCCACUGACAUUACAAUCAAAUGAAUCUAUUUCCACAUUCACCUCAACAAUCAACGAAAGUGAAUUCACAGAUGCCUUGGAACGUAUUCCAUCAAAUGCUUCAACAAUUCGUGAUUUGCAUGCGAGAUCUAUUUCUGAAGACGAGCUUAGAGAUCAAGCUAACCUCUUGGGUCUUGCUCUGGUUCCAAUCAAUCAAUCAUUUGCCGAUGAAGCAGUGCCUGACUUAACACACGAAGGUGAAAAUGAUGAAGGUGACCAAGAUGAUGAAGAUCAAGAAAAUGAUACGAUUGUUGAUGGAAGUUUUAUUCCUUCUAAUAGAGAUGCCAUUUCAAGAGCUGCUGGUGAUUUGGGAUUAGUUGUCAUUGAACAAGAUGAAUUUGACCUCUUGCAAAAUAGAGAGCUUACAGAAGAUGACUUGAAACUACACGCGGAUAAACUGGGAUUGAAUAUUAUUGAUAAUGAUAAACUACAUGUAUUGGAAAAAUUACAACGUCCAGAUGAAUCACACAUUCGUGAAGCUUCAAAAGGAUUAGGUUUGUUAACAUUCACUAAGGCCGAAGUUCAAGAUUUAGAAGAGAAAGCUAAAUCAAGUGUUAAUCCAACCGAUCUGAUAACACAGGAUAAUGUUCAAGAAUAUGCCAACUCUCUGGGUCUAAUUCUUUUAACCAGAGAAAGAUUUGAUAAGUUAGUUGAAACUUCGAUCACAAGUAAAACUGAUUUUAUUGAUAAAGCUGCUGAUUUUGAAUUAGUCGCUUUAGAUAAAGAUGUAUACCAAUCACUUACUGAGAAAACCACCAAAGGUAAUGGGUUAUCACAAGCGGCUAUCGUUGCUGGUGCUUCAGCUUUAGGAUUAUCUGUUUUGUCCUCAGAUGAACUUGCCACUCGUGCAACCACUAAAGAAUCAACUAAAGAAUCUGUGGUUUCAGAUGCUGAUAAAUUUGGUCUUAAGGUCAUUAGCUUGGAAGAAUAUAAUUCUUUGGUAUCUGCUUCUAAGAAGACGCCUGAGGAGUCAGAUUUAGAAAAUUAUGCAUCUGAGCAUGGAUUUGUCUUUAUCCCAGAAGUGGAGUUACAAGCUAUAAAAGACAAAGCAACCCAAAAAGUUUCAAAAGAAGAUAUUGUUGAGAAGAGUCCAGAUUUUGAUUUAGUAACUCUUUCUGUGGCUGAUUUCAAACAAUUGAAGGCAGCUUCAGAUGCGAAUGCCACUCCAUUACUUUCGAAAUCAGAUGUUGUUUCAAGAGCUACAGAAUACGAUUUGGUUGCUGUUUCCAAGGAAGAGCUUGAAGUAUUGAGAAAUAAGGCAGGUAUCAAAAGUAAAGAAAAUCUUGAAAAGCCUAAACCUGAACCACCACUAUUGUCCAAAGAAGAUGUCGAGGCUGGCGCUAGAACUCACGGCCUGUUAGCAAUUCCAGAAAAUUCAUUCAUUGCAACUAAUAUUUCAAGAAUUCCAGAUGUCAAUAAUGUUGUUGUUCUGCCAGUGACCUAUUAUAACAAACUGACUAAAUCAGAAUCUUUGAAUGUUGAUAAGAUUUCUAAUGAUGAAUUACAAGCUCAAGCUAAAAAGAGAGGAUUCCAUAUUACAUAUGGUGAACCUGAAGCUCAUAAAGAUUCACAUAACUUGUUAUCUAGAAAGAGCACUUUGACAUCGUUGGCCACAUCCAAUUCUCGCAGAAAUCUGGCCGAAGCUGCUGCUUCUGCUGCUUACCAAGAAUAUGAAAAUCAACCAAGAUCGAAUUCCCAUUCAAGCUCUAGGGCACAUUCGAUCAAUAGAUCAGGUUCCACUAUUCACCAGCGUGAUGUGUCAAUCGAUGGAGGAAUUUCAUUGAUCACUAAUGCUUCGUUAUCUGAACCAUCAAUUAUACCAGCACUGACUCAAACUGUUAUUGGGGAAUACCUAUUCAAAUACUACCGUCGUUUAGGACCGCUAAGUUCUAUUUCAGAAAGCAGACAUGAGAGAUACUUUUGGAUUCAUCCAUAUACAUUAACAUUGUACUGGUCAUCGACAAAUCCUGUUUUGGGUAACCCUUCAACUCAUAAAACACGUGCAGCUGCUAUCAUUGGUGUUGAAAGUAUUGAAGAUAACAAUCCAUUACCUGCUGGUUUACACCAUAAGAGCAUUAUUGUUCACUCUCAAAGUCGUUCCAUCAAGAUCACAUGUCCAACAAGACAACGCCAUAAUAUCUGGUAUAACUCAUUACGUUAUUUAAUUCAAAGGUCUAUGGAUGGUAUCAACCUUGAAGAUGAUUUGGACCUAUUAAAAGACAAUAGUGCCAAAUAG